CUCGGGCUAAUUGGUCACUGGGGCUGACUGAUUGCCGAACGAAUAGCACCUGCGGCGGUCUCUCAGGAAACGGCUGUCGCUUAUGUAGGGUGGCGAUAUUUCCGUCGAGUGCGAGGCCAGGCUACGCUACGUUUCGCUUGUUAACAUCAGGAGUCCAAUACCGCAAAUAAACCUCGACUAAAUGUACGUUGUACUGCGAGAGUCUCAUAAACAAGCCCAAACUGCUGCGCUGGCUCCAAGUCGCCAUCUUGGAUUCAGCGUGACGAAUUGACUUUGGAUGGUCACGGAACCCCGUCGACGGAAAUCGGCUACGCCGUGUCCGACAAAUCGAGCGUGAGAAACGACGCCGCUUCGGAUGCGGACCGACGGAGCGACGGAGCGCGGCGCGGCGUCUCGAACUGACUAUUGCUCAUUCUUCUCAACCCGUCAGAUUUCAGAUUCAAUAAACGGGGCUACCCAAAUGUCCGAGCGAGUAGCGAUGUCGACAUUUGCCCUAAAUUAUAUAUGCGUGUCAAAAACGAGAAAAAGUGGACAUUGCGCGGGUCGGUCGACCGACGACCGUUGCCGGUUGUCCCCUUUUUACUCGCGAAAGGAUUUAUUCGGCACUUUUGCUCAUUUACAGGCACAAGCGCAAGAAACAUUUGAAUCUGUAAAUGUGCAUCUCCGGUGAGCAGGAUCUAUUUGACGUCAAGGAGUGAUGUUUUUGUCACGUUUUUCUUACCGGUCGCGGCAAGCCGAAUCGGCCGCUUCCCCCCGUCGUCUCCUCGGCUUCGCGGUUCGAGCCGUCGGCCGUCGGAUGUCCCGUCUGCAGUCGGACCGCGCGUUGCCACGGAGACAUUUAUGUUCUUCGCAUUCGAGGGCUUUCAAAGGGACGGAAAACGGACGGACGACGCUACGUUAUUGGUAGCGAGGUCACGAGAUGCGCCGAGUCACGGAGGGGGCGCACCGAGGCUCGCUUCAUUUUGGGGCGGACGCGGAAGCGGCGACGUCCGAAGCUUCGCCGCCCGGCUGUACCGCGUGACCGAUUCGGGAAGCGCUUGAGGGUUUGCCGCGAGGUUUGACAGCAAUCGGAGGCCCUCGUGCAGGCUCCGUUCAAAAUGGCGGCGUGUUUUGUAGAGAGUUGCGGUCUAAUAGAGUUCGGAGAGCGUCGCCGGCGGUUUGGACGCCGCUCGGACGGCAGAGCCCGCUCGCCGCCGCGGGCCGCUCCGAUGCGCUCGCCCCAAAUAUCCUUGAGGCUCAUCCGUUAGCAAAAACGCCACCUGCCACCGUUUCUUACUUUAUUCACGGGGGAAGUAUGUAUUGUGUUCACAGAAAGCAAGGUCGAACCAAACCUCACCGGGAGAGGAGAAACGACUGCGCCCCGAUUUCAAAAUCAAAUCACUUCCCGAUGAGCUCUUAGGUCUAAACAAGCGCUUUCAAAAUCCUCUGCCCUCUUCGUUUUCCCAAAGUGACAUUACGAGUGACACAAGCUGCCACACCCGUGAUGAGGAACAGAAUACGUCGAAAAAGAAUCGAUUUGACACUUGAGGUGGGGAAACGGCACGAGGUCAAACCUUGUUUCGGAAGCCGCAAAAAUGCAAGGCAGCACGUCGCGUGUGUGCGCUCGAGACGCAGCCGCCUGUGAUCGCGCACGUGGCCGCCGGGCGCUUUCGUGUGCGAGACACGAACCGUCACUCCGACCCGCGGCUCGACUGUCGCGAUGCUUCGUCGGGCUCCGUCUCGCCAUCGCUCGUUAUUGGAGCCGUCACGUGAUUUGCGCAUGCGGCUGGAGGAGCGAAAUCUGCAAUGCGCUUGCUCGAGAUGUGCGCGUGCGGGAUGAUGAAUUUGUUCGGCUGUGUGCUUUAACGACAAGCGAGUAGACGUGUCGAAGCGGCCUGUUAGCCAUAGCCGCUCGCCGUGCGCGUUAUUAGCGUUUCGCUCGACAUUAAGUAGAGAAGCAAUUGCUCAGGCCAAAUAAAUCACAUCAAACGGUAAAAUAAUGCAGGUAAUAGUUUGCGUUUUAGUGGCCGAGGGGUUAGCGCAUGUGCCUCCCGCUUGCCAGGUUGCGAGUUGAAAUCCAGCCUGGCCCGUGUGGAGUUUGCAUGUUCUCGCACGCUCGGUUCUAAAUUGGCCAAUAAGGGGCAAUUCCGUGAGUCAUGAAUUCGUAACUAACCCUGACCCCGAGUCAUUCUAAGGCGCGAACGGUCGUUGGUCUCUACGUGCCCUGCGAAUGGCGGGCGACCGGUCGGGGGCGGGCCCCGGGGACUGUGGAAGACGGCUGGAUGGGUUUUAGGGUUUGUGCAGUCGAAAAAAACUGCAAACGGGUCACAGGGUUACACGUCACGUGACCGGUGACGCGCCAAAGUGUGUCGCGGUGUUUAAUUUUGACCAGCAGGUGGCAGCAGAUCACACUUUAUUUCAUUAUCAAUUAUGAUUAUUAUCACCGGGACUUUGUCAAACAAGAUCGGUCAUGACGUCAUGAAUCCUACUUUUAGUGUCAUUCAAAUAAAAGAUAGAUUGGUCAUAUUUACACUUGAAAAGAAUGUGGAAAAAGAAGGUGAAGCAUCUGAAAUAAACAGGCUGUCAUUGGUCGCGCAUGCCCACUCACCCCCCGCAACCCUCCCCCCGUCCUUCGUGCAUCUUCGGCUCUUUCCGGUAAAACCAAGCUGCAAAAACAAUUCGUAAAAAAGGGCCUUGCCGCGGGUGCGUCCACGUCGACGCAUGAAGUACUUCACCGUGCAUCCGUUCUAUCCCGGUCCAAACAAGUCCAGCCCGGGUUAACCGGACAGCCCCCCCCCAAGCGCCUCGCCCCUCCCUCACCGGCGCUCUCUGCAUCUUCUUCGUCGUCGUCGGCGGCGGCGGCGGCCUGUGCUCGCUUUUUUCUCUUUGUCGUUGUUGCGCUGCAGACGCCGAAGAGCACCGAGACGAUCAUCUCAAGCACACGGCGAUGUCCGAUUUGUGAGCUUUGAAAACGGUCAUCUUGCUUCUGAAGGCGGCGACGGGAUUCAGCUGCAGUCUCGUCUAGCGGGAUUGCGAAUCUCCCCGAAGCCCAAACUAUUUGCCUUUGAAACCGCGCUGCAGCACUUUUAGCACCGAUAAUAUAGCAACAAUAUCAAACUGCUCGAUGGACUGCUUUUAACGUGAAAAAGAUUCAAGGGGGCGCCCCCCUCUUCUCCGCCGCGAUCAUGGCCAACGCGGUGGCGUCCUACGAUCAGCUGGCCCACCAGGUGGCGGCGCUGCGCAAGGAGAACUCCCACUUGAGGAGGGAGCUCGAGGACAACUCCAACCACCUUUGCAAGCUGGAGACCGAGACCUUCGGCAUGAAGGAAGUGCUGAAGCAGCUGCAGUGUAAACUGGAACAGGAGGCGGGGACUUUGGCGUCGUCGGGACGCAGCGACGUGCUCCGCCAACUCCAAGAGCUGCACGUGGACCUGACCAACUACUACGAGCUGAAGCAUCAAGGUCACCAAAGUCAUCCGUUGCGUCUGCUGGCGGACAAUCAGGGAGGUCCGGCGGAGCGACAGGACCACCUGGCUCCGCCCCCGACAUCCCGCCCCCACGCCUCAUCUGGCGCCGGCGGGGACGUUUGCGCCAUCUUGUCGCCACAUCACUUCCUGGACGGGGCCCCGCCCAAAACGGCCGUCAUCAGCGGGGCGGACGGACGCCUCGGCGACUAUCACUUGGACGAACUCUACAAGGAGAGGAACCAACUUUUGGGUGAAAUUGACCGCGAGGAGCGAGAGCGCUGUUGGUACUUCAGCCAGCUGGAGGCGCUGUCGCAGAAGCUCACACACCUGCCUCGCAUUGACACGUUUUCCCUGCAGAUGGACUUCAUCCGCCAGCAGCUGGAGUUCGAAGUUCAGCAGGUGCGCUCCGUCAUGGAGGAACGCUUCGGGAGCAGCGAGGAGAUGAUACGCCGCACGCAGAUGCGUGUGGCUCGUCUGGAGCAGCUGGAGAAAGAACUUCAGGAGACCCAAGGGAGUCAAGAGAGCCGACUGCAGCUGUCGGGCGCAGAGAGGCCUCCUGCCGGAGAAGCAGAGAGCAACGCGUCAGCAGGCACAGAUGGGGCAGCAGACGGAGGCAGCAAGGUGGAGAUGGUCUUCUGGCUGCUCUCCAUGCUAGCCGACAGAGAUAAGGAGGAGAUGUCUCGGACCCUGCUGGCUCUCUCCAGUUCCCAGGACAGCUGCAUCGCAAUGAGGAAGUCUGGCUGUGUGCCUCUGCUGGUCCAGAUCCUCCACGAAGAAGCCGGCGGGCCGGGGGAGGCGUGCUGCAGCCGCGAGGCCAAGUCCCGAGCCAGCGCCGCGCUGCACAACAUCAUCUACUCCCAGCAGGACGAGGGCCAAGCCCGCCGAGAGAUGAGAGUUCUGCACUUGCUGGAACAGGUCCGGACUUACUGCGACAGUGGCUGGGACUGGAUGGAGAACCACAGCAAGACUUGUCCCGGUCCAACCAGAACCACUGAUUUUCCAGAACCUGUAGACCCUCAGAUCUGUCAGGCCAUGUGCGCCAUCAUGAAGCUUUCCUUUGAAGAAGAGUUCCGCCGCGCAAUGAACGAAUUAGGUGGUCUGCAGGUGGUGGCAGAUCUGAUCCACUUGGACAAGGAAAUGUACGGCAUGCAGAACGACCCCAUCAACAUGGCGCUACGGCGCUACGCUGGGAUGGCGUUGACCAACCUCACUUUUGGAGAUGUGGUCAACAAGGCCACUCUGUGCUCCAAGAAGAGUUGCCUGCAGGCUCUGGUGGCCCAGUUGGGCUCAGAGAGCGAGGAGCUCCACCAGGUGGUCUCCAGCAUUCUAAGAAACUUGUCCUGGCGGGCCGACAUCAGCAGUAAGCGAGUCUUGAGAGACAUCGGCUGCGUGUCUGCUCUGAUGACGUGCGCCCUGCAGGCAACCAAGGAGUCCACCUUGAAGAGUCUCCUGAGUGCACUGUGGAAUCUAUCGGCUCACAGCUUGGACAACAAGGAGGCUGUUUGUGCGGUAGAUGGCGCUUUGGGCUUCCUGGUUAGCACGCUGACCUACCGCUGUCAGACUAACUCACUCGCCAUCAUCGAGAGUGGCGGCGGGAUUCUGAGAAAUGUGUCCAGUCUGGUGGCCUCACGGGAAGACUACAGGCAAGUAUUGCGGGACCACAACUGCCUCCAGACUCUGCUGCAGCACCUGCGGUCGUACAGCUUGACCAUCGUCAGCAACGCUUGUGGAACACUUUGGAACCUCUCGUCCCGAAGCCAAAAAGACCAGGAGCUGCUUUGGGAUUUGGAUGCAGUGAACAUGCUACGCAAUCUCAUCCACUCCAAACACAAGAUGAUCGCCAUGGGCAGCGCUGCAGCUCUGAGGAACCUCCUGACCAACCGACCCCCCAAGUACAAGGGUGCUUCGGUGCUCUCUCCGGGGUCAUGUGUGCCUUCUCUCUACAUGAGGAAGCAGAGGGCAUUGGAGGCCGAGCUGGAUGCCAAACACCUGGCUGAGACUUUUGAGACGCUGGACAAGCAGAGUCCCAAGCACUUGAGCUUCAACAAGCAGCUGCGCCACAUUGAAAGUUUGGCCAAGGAUUACGCAUCCGAUUCCGGCUGUUUUGACGACGAAGAGGCCCCCAACGUCUCCUGCAGUCUGGACGCUGGAAGUUUCUCCAUGCUGUCCAUGUAUCUCAACAACUCCAACUUCCUACAAAACCGUAAGCAGGACAGUGAGCCUGAGCAGGAUGUGGACCCGCCUCAGAUGGACCGCAGACAACCAGCCUCUGAUGACAUUGUGUCCACUGCUGCAGAGAAGCUGGCAAAGAAGAUCACCAACACAGUUGCUAAAAUUGACAGAUUAGUGGAGGACAUCACCAUGCACACGUCCUCCGAGGACAGCUUUAGCCUCAGCUCUGAAGACCACCUGGCAGACUGGCCUUACGGACUGAACGAGCUAAACGAGAGUCGCGCUAAAUCGUGCUCCCCCUGCCGUCUUUCAGAUGCGAGUAGCUUGGCCCAUCGAGAACGCCUCAGCAGGGCACAUGUGUUACUGCGCCUUAAAAGUGCUCAUACAAGCGUAUCCACCGACAGCUUGAACAGUGGUAGCACCAGCGAUGGUUACUGUGGGAGCAAAGACCAAGUCGGAACUGCCCCAAAAGCUCAGAUCCUCCAUAAACGACCCAACCAGCUGGAUCUGAAGUUGGCCCACCAAGAGUACAACAAUGUGCGACCUGCUCUCUUGAAUCAGACCACCCAGCAAGAUAUUCCAGAAAGAGAUUAUGUGGAUAACAAAAACAAAAUAGUUCUAGAACUCCUUGACCCAGAUGCAGAAAAGUACCAGCACCCACCGGUGCAAACACCUGUGAGUGUGUCCACUAAAGUCUCCUCUGACGUCAGCAUGGCCUCCAUAAAACUUUCUCCUUCAUAUCAGCAGGUUCCACUCAUUCAGAGCGUUACUAAAUUUGGCGUCGCAAAGACGUCAAUCAACGUUCAGGCUGCUGAAGCCAUGAGGAGGCAAGCCUGGGUGCCCACUGCUAUGACUGGAGGCAGCAUUAGCAAGUUUUCUCCAAUGGCAUCCAGCAGAAGUCCAACCAUCGGCACCAUGGAGACAGUCCAGAAGUAUUCUGUGGAAAACACGCCGAUAUGCUUCUCUCGGUGCAGCUCCUUGUCCUCGCUGUCUUCCGGGGAUGGAGCCCUGGAUGGACAAAGUGACAACGAGCUGGAGAGUGACUCUUCACUUGAAAUUAUUGAAGUGGACGAUGGAAAAGAGGUCCAGAGGGCUGAGGAGGAUGAGACUUUGGAGGAUCUGAGUGACAGCCAGCUGCUCAGGACCGACUCCAAAACCUUCCCAAGCCAAGAGACUGAUCCUAUUGAAAUUCCGUGUCCAGCCAAAAGGGACAAGGUCUUCCUCAGGGGAUCCUCACCAACAGCACUUGAAGACAGAUCACCGUCCAGUUCUUCUGAGAACUACAUCCACGAAACUCCUCUGGUCAUGAGUCGCUGUAGUUCAGUCAGUUCUCUGGGAAGUUUCGAGUCUCCAUCCAUUGCAAGCUCCAUCCAAAGUGAUCCCUGCAGCGAGAUGAUCGAUGGAACAAUCAGCCCGAGCGAUCUUCCAGACAGCCCCGGACAAACCAUGCCUCCCAGUCGAAGCAAGACACCGUGUUGUGUGGAGUCCAAUGGAGCAGAAGCACAGACGGCAGGUUUGGCGGGUCAGUGGGAAAACAGUCUGCGGAAGUUAAUGGAAGUCAGCGACUCCAGAGACAGGUUUAAACUUCCUCCUGAUAUGGACACAAUGAUCUACUUCACCGUGGAAAAGCCCACAGAGAAUUUCUCCUGUGCGUCUAGCCUGAGUGCUCUGCCUCUUCAUGAGCAUUAUAUCCAGAAAGAUGUGGAGCUGAAACUGACCCCACUGCUGCAGCAAAGUGACAAAAACCUGGCUCUCUAUGACGAGAAUGAGCAGGGGCUCGACCACGGUGAGAGAUACAGCGAAGGCAACUCUGAUGACGACAUCGAGAUCCUGAAGGAAUGCAUCAAUUCAGCUAUGCCGUCCAAAUUCAGGAAGGUCAGAACUUCUGUGAUGACCAGCAUUCCUUCUCAUUUUCUCAGUUCCCAAAAAGCUUUGCAUCUUCCGAUCUACAUGAUGCUCCCAAAUGGGAAAACCCAGCUUUAUGCUGGGAGGAGAAUAGUCGUCCCGCAGAAGGACGUCAAGUUUGAUGAUUCGUCCAUCACUGACUCAGCUGAUGGGACGCCGGUCAACUUCUCCAGCACAACUUCACUGAGUGAUGAAACCCUUCAGUACCCGGUGAAGGACUGCCCGACACGGCCCCUUUCCAAGCAAAGAAUACUUGAUGAGGAGGCAAAGAGAAUUGAAGACUUGAGGAUCUUCUCCCACUUCCACAAACCAAACAAGAUGAACUACCCAUCUGUGGCUCCCGCAGGCCGCACAAGCAAACACGUCAUUCCCACUCAGAAGGUUCUGAUGCAGAGUAAGGAAGUGGCCGACAGAGUUGCCAGCCAGAGGAAUCGCGAGCAUUCUCCCAGCCAUCAGAAAAAGAUGAAAUGCCAACGUGCUGCUGGGAAGCUGCAAUUGCCCAUCAUAAAACACAAGCCAGAAAGUAGCACUAAUCAAAAGAGAGAAACAGCACAAGUGUCACAUUCUACAGAGGAGUCAAAAAAUGUCUACGAGGAUGAAAGCAAACUCCCCAGCAGAUACCAGUUGAAGGAAGCAAGCAGGAAUACUCUGUCAAGAAGCAUGACCAACAUCAGCAGGACUUCGACUUCCCAAGCAAAGCCCAGAGGCUUUCACAUGAUAAAGCAGAACCUGAUAAAGGAUGACUCCCCAGCCUGUUACUCACUCAGCUCCUCACUGAGUUCCCUGAGCGACGCAGAGUUUGAAGAUCACAGAUCCAAAGCUCAGCAGAUUUGGUGCAAGAACAGACACAACAAAAGCCUGAAUAUGAUGCAGCAAGCCAAGUCCUUGACCAUCCACAGCCAGUUUGAUGAGCAAAGCUCUCAGAGUUCUGUCAGCAUGGACUCAGAGGACGACCUCCUUCAAAAGUGCAUAACUUCUGCAAUGCCCAAGCAGAGACGGAGGAUGGCCGCCAGGAAGAAGAAAGCAGAGAACACCACAAAACAAGCACAUAAAGCCUCAGAGGUCUGGAACAUGGAUGAGGACAGUGAUGACCUGGCAUGGGAGGAAGACUCGGACCUUAACAGUGUGGAAUGGAGGGCCAUUCAAGAAGGUGCUAAUUCUGUUGUGACGGGACUUCAGGCAUCUAAGUCACAAGAACUCUCCUCUGAAGAAAGCGAAUCAGUCUUGUCGUUCUUGUCGACAUCCAGCUUUACCCCGAAAGAGAAGAAAUUUGCAAAAGACAAAAAGGCCAACAAACCUCUGGACUUUGCACAGCGCAAGCCAGUGCCCAACUUGCCAGUGGUUUUCAGAGGCAGAACCGUCAUCUACACUCCGAUAAAGGAGUCAGCUCCGUCGCAAAUACCUCCACCUAGGAAACUAUCCACCAAGGCAGAUACUCCAAAGAACCCAGAGCUUGCUCAGCACAGAUCAAAGAGCCUUCACCGAUUAGGAAGACCACAGGACACGGAGCUGUCUUUGCCAAAAAGGAGCUCUACUCCACCUCCAAGGAUACCAAAGAGUUCGUCCUCUGGAUCAUCACAAAGUUCUACACCAUCUAAGCAUUCACAGAAGAAGCUUACAUCGUCAACUCAGACAACAAGCAGGCCCAUACAGAAAAAGAGUGGCACGCCGGCAAGUACCCCAACAGCUAGCAGCCCCCCUGAAAGAAAGGGACGCUCUCCUGUUGUCAACAAAAUUGAAAAAUUACCACCACCUAAAACCCAGAAGUCGCCAGUCAGAAUCCCGUUUAUGCAGAAUUCUGUGAGGCCGGCCAGACCUCUGUCACCUCUGGUCACCAACCAGGCUACAGGUAGACAAAAUCAGAUCAGUGGGAAACGAGUCCUUCCUGCUAACCGAUGUGACUUGGUCAGGAUGACUACAGCCCAUUCUAGUAGUGGUGGCGAGUCAGACUCUAAUGGUUUCUUGAGACAGCUAACAUUCAUCAAGGAAUCAAAGAGCGGACUAAAACGCGACUCCACUCCAUGUGUCCACGUGUCCCGAUCCCAGAAUGGUUCGCCGAACCGGGCAGUUCCAGGGGCUUCAGCAGUCUUCCUUUGUUCAUCCCGCUGCCAGGAGCUCAAGGUGGUUACCCAAUUCCCGAGAAAAAUGCCAGGAAAAGGUGUAGGACACGCACAGACAGUCCAGAGACCUCAACCGGGACUUCUGCGACAGGCUUCGAACACCACCGGGGUGACCUCCAGAGAACGGAACCUGUCCGGACGACGUUCACCCAGGAGAACCAGCUCUGAAAGCCCCAACAGGGCAGCUCAACGAAAUGCGCCAGGCAGUGUUUGGGGAGCGAGACAACAGCAGGACAAAGAAACAUUUAAACGGCACUCUUCAUCCCCGAGUAUAAACAUCCUUAGCCGAGUGACCAGUCGCUCUUCCCUCCGCUCGUCAUCCUCCGAUUCAAGCGGAAGGGCCAAAAGUGAGGAUGAUACAAGGAAGAAAAGUCAUAGAUCUCGUCUGAAUGACAGGGUCAACUGGAGGAGGAUCAGGGAUGAAGACGUACCUCAGAUCUUGAGAAGCACCCUGCCGGCCAAUGCGUUACCUCUGGUGCCUUCGCCCGAUGGGGAGAAAGCACUGCUGGCUUUUCCGGAGAAGCUGCCGACCAUUCUUCUGGCCUCGCGCAGUGUGAGCGACGCUACGGUUCAGACAGAAGAUUUCUCCAACACCAAGAUCAACUCGAGCACUUCACCCACUGCGGAGUCAACGGCAGCAAUCGUGGAAGAUGCGGCGGGACGAGUGCUACUCAGGAAGUUUAGCGGCAACACUGGGGGAAGGUUUCAAGAUAGAGACUUGGACGGCACCACCGCUACCGGACAACCGGACGGGCCCAUGGGCGGAGCUGUGCAUUUCCGCCAAGGAUCUCCAAGCAAGGCGGCCAGAGUUUCUCCAUUCAACUACGUCCCCAGUCCAAUGGCGGCCCUGAAGGAGGCCCAGGGCCAGGAGGCCCAGGGCCAGGAGGCCGACCGCAAGACUGAAAAUGAAAGUCAGUCAUAGACGUUUGAUGACAGACAUGUAGGAGAGUCCUGGGCCUGACUUUACCUCUCCUUCAGACCUUUUGAUUCCACAGUCCACUACAUCCCAGCUUGAACAACCACUAUCUACGGUACCGGAGGUCUCUAGCGGGGCCGGGGCCUCUAGUUCACCCCCCCAUGAACAUUUUCUACUUGUUUUUAUAUUUGUAGAAUAGUCAUGGCUUGCUCGAAUUUUAGUCAAUACGUCGCAGAAGACUGCAGCACAUGAACAGUAUGCAAACCUUUGAAUGGGUGGGGCCAAACGUAUCUGACUCUUCUCGCAACAAACAGUCAGAUGACGUCAAACAGUCUUCACACGGUCAUCAACCAUUCCGUUAGCAACAUGCUACAGGCUAACAGCUCCCACACAUGCGCACACAACGAUUCAGUAUUUGCCCAAAAGCAUCAGUAUCACAUUAGCGCUCGAUUGACAGGAGUCGAUUAUCGCAGCCUUUACGGUGUGGUGUCUCUCUCAUCAGGUUUGUAAAUAAUCAUCGUAAUAAUAAUAAUAUAAAAUAAUACGGUCUUUGCACAUGCAUUGACUGAUGGCGUCGUGAAGGGAUGAAUAUUGUAAAAGUGAAAUGUUACGAUGUUCAUUUAGCAUGAAGGAGUCCACAAAGCGGCACGGUCAGCACAUCUGCCUCACACUUCUGAGGUUGCGGGUUCAAAGGCGGCCUGACCUUUGUGGAGUUUGCAUGUUGUCCCCGUGCCUGCGUGGCUUUUCGCCGGGCACUCCGCUUUCCUCCCACAUCCCAAGAGCAUGCGCGGUAGGUUAAUUGAAGUCUCUAAGUGGCCCGUAGGUGUGAAUGGGAGUGCAAAUGGUUGUUUGUCUCCUGUAUAUGUGCCCUGGGAUUUGCUGGCGACCAGUUCAGGGCGUACCCCGCCUCUCGCCUCGAGUCAGCCGGGAUAGGCUCAAGCACGCCGCGACCCGUGCGAGGAUAAGCGGAGUAGAAAAUGGAUGGAUGGCUAGAAUCCACCAAUGAGCUUUUGCCAGGUCGCUGAAGGACAUCGAGAAAAAAUGUCUUCCUCAUACAAGCUGAUCAUCUGUGUAUGGUUUUGUGUUGAACAUGUUACACACACGUUAUCGCCAAAUCUCUCCUGCUCGCAUUUUAGCAUUAGCAGCCAGCUAACCCGUAAACAUUCAUGUACUUACGAGCCUCCCGUUAGUGUUUCUCUUCAAGCUUUACUACUUGAAUUUCUUUUUGCCAAACAUGAUGAGAGUGUCAGCCAUUGUUGUGGAAAGACGACCUCGUUAUUGCGUGUUUGUUUACAACCAAACAUAAAAAGAUGACUUUGCAUUUUUUUUGUGCACGUGAGCAUGGCGGCGGCGCCGUGUGCAAUAGGCAAGACGUUGACAUUUUUAUUUGUCAAGUUUUCACCCAAUAAAAAGUCCUCAAAGUCAGAUGUCAUCACCAAGCGUACACAUAAGUAGGAAUACUGUAUUCAGCUGUGAUCAUUUAUUUUGUUGACUUAUCUAAUAAGUGUUACUUAUUACUUAGUUUAUUUUGACAUUAAAAGAGACGUGUUUUAUUCACAA